AUGGAUGACAGUGUAGUACCUCCAUCUGCUCAGGUCCGUAACCUUGGAGUGAUUUUUGACACCCACCUGACACUAGACUCUCACAUUAAGAGUUAUAUGGAUUGGAGUAAACAGAGACUGGUCCGACGAAUCCUAGACCUCGAAAAGAGAGUUGAGCAGAUGAAGAAUCUUCAGGUCUCUAAAGUGUCAGAGUCACAGAAGGGCCCAGAAGAAGUCACUGAGUCUGAAUUAGCCAAUCAGAGCAAAUCUGUUGAUGCAGAGAUACACUUGUCAUUGAAUACUGAGACUAAUGCGCAUCUAAGAGACGUGCUUAAGAAACUUCAAGUGGAGAAUAAAGAAUUAAAGGAUAAACUAACCUGUCGAGAUGAGGAGAAAAAGCAGCUGUCUUUUGAGAAGGAUGAAAGCAUGAAAGAGGUGCUUAAAGAACAAAUCAAAGACCAUGAAAGACUGAUGCAGACACACAGGCAGGAGAUGGGAGCGCUUAUCAAAGAACUGAACUGUUUAAAGGAAAAACUGGAGGAGGAGAGAAAAAUCAGAUUCGUACAGGAUCCAAGUCAGGUCCAGGACGCUUGUUUGUCACUACCAUGCACAGAAAAAUCAUCACCAUUAUUGCCGGAACAGAUGGUUAAAAACAGAGCAGCGAAUGUUAUCCAGACACACUGGCGUUCACACCGAGCGCAGGAUCUGGUUUUCUUGCAGUCCUGCCUCAGAGGGCAUUUAACCAGACAUAGGCAAUUAGAUAGACAGACGAUGGCAGACCCAGGACCUGCCUCUGUUGCCAUGAUACAGUCAGAUACAAACACUCGGGCUAUUGGUUGUGUCCAGGAUGAGGAAGUGACCCUGCUUCAGUCUGUUUUUAGGGCUCAUAUCAAACGCAGCAUGCUGAGGACGGAAAGGGCAUCUACAGGUACAGAACCUUUAUCUUCCACCCAUACGAAAAUGCAGCCUCUCUCUAUUCCUCCACUGUUGUCCAGAGGCUCCUCGCAGGCCACAUUGAGGAAUAAAGCGCCAACCUCAGGUGGAACUCAGAAUGGUGAGGUGAAUAAAGAAGAACCAAACUCUGUGCAUUCCCACAAACAGUCACUUAUAGAUGAAAGGAGCUUCCGACUACAGCCAUCAGAAACAGAAGUCCCAAAAACAGUCGAUUCGGACGACUCCGAUGAUGAGAUCAUCAUGUCUCCUUCAAGGCCUUUGAGAAAAAGAGAAACAUUCCUGUAUCCACUCGAUGCAAAUGACUUGAUUUCAUUCUAAGCAUUUUAGGGAUAUACACUGACAUCUAUGAGGGAAAUAACAAAGAUUACAUGAAUGAUGGAUCAUUAUUGUGGUUAUCACACUUUAUCAUUCAACUAAAACUGCUUUGUUUUGACUCCUACGCCUACAAAAUGAAGAUGAUUUGUAAAGAGAAGCUGUUUUCACACUCCAAACGUGCCUUGCGAUAAAUGCUCAUAUUCAUUUAAAUGAUUACCAGGGAUCAUUAUGUUUUUUGUGUAGGUCUGACAGAUCAAUAAAAAAAAUUUGUAAGUUUGAGAAAAAAAAGUCUGUCUUAUAAAGGAUACUGAACCCAUGUAUGCAUUUAAGGUACCUCAGAUAGAUACAAAUUUGUUGUCAAACACCACCAAUGUAACGUAUUGUGUCAUAAAUCCUUUGCUGUGUCAUUUAAAAGUUUGUUUGUUUAUGACAUAUGACAUUAAAUUCAUGUGCUUGAAUGUGUUGUUUUUUUUAUUAUUAAAAACUUUGUUUUGA